AUGGCCAACGAUACGGAGGUCUCAGGAGAGGAAGUAGAGGUGAUUGGAGAAAAUGUAGACCAUGAAAGGGAAGGUCAAGUUGUGGAAGGGGGUAGUUGGAACUGGUUUGACAGAGAUAUUGAGAGAGUGGAGUUGGACUGGACCAUAAAUAGGUCGAGGGUUGGUUCUGCUCCAGGAAAAGACAGGAUUGAGUACAAGGUUAUUAGGCUGUUGACCACAGAUUGGAGAAUGGCACUCUUGAAGAUCUUUAAUGACAUUUGGAGAGGGGGAGGGUUUCCCAAAAUAUGGAAGGAGGCCAUUUUGAAGUUUAUACCGAAGCAACAAAGGAGGGCUCUAAGGCCGAUUUCGUUGCUAGAUUGUUUAGGGAAAGUAUUAGAAAAGAUAGUCAAUGAAAGAUUGAGAGUUUGGGCGGAGGAGGAGGAUAGAAUAGAUAAGAACCAAAGUGGUUUUAGGAAGGGCAGGUCCACCUGGGAUAAUUUGGUCAUUUUAACCAGUUAUAUAAGGGAAAAUUUUGGGCUUGGAAAGGAAGUCAUAUGUGCUUUUGUAGAUGUUAAAGGGGCAUAUGAUAGUGUUAAUCAUGGGAAACUGGUUAUAGGCUUGAGGGAACUAGGUUGCCCGGUUAGGAUAGUGGGAUUUCUGGAAGGUUGGUUAAGGGAUAGGAAAUUGGAGGUGUUGAAGGCGGAUGGAGAGAGGGAUAGGAUGAGUAUCUUGAGGGGAUUGCCUCAGGGAUCUCUCUUGAGUCCUCUACUGUAUAAUUUAUAUACAUCAGGAGUGGGACAGGUGAUUAGGGAACUAGAGGUGAAAAUCUUACAGUAUGCGGAUGAUAUAGCUGUGUAUUUGGAGUAUGUAGAUAGAGAGGGGGGAGUUAGGAGGCUGGAAGAAGCGUUGGAAAGACUUAGAGAGUAUUUGGCGGAAUUGGAUCUGGAAAUAGCUCCGGAGAAAACCCAGAUUCUGACGUUCUCGGGAAGGAAGGGAAGUAUUAGUAGCUUGGGCAGUAGGAUAUGCUUAGGGGAUAUAGAUGUGGAAGAAGUUGGGCAGGCAAG